CGCUGCUCUCCGUUAUUGUCUCGACUACAGGGGCCAGGGGAUGUCCCGGCCCCAUUUGCAUCCCAUCUCUCUUUCUUCUUUCUUCUUUCUUUCUCUUUCUUUUCCCAGCACAUCGCGUCUCCUGUCCCCGCCCGCACCGACCCACAACGCUCAUUUCACGACCAUUCACCACCGCCCGCCCACUUCACCCAACCACCCACACAGCCUACCACCACCGCUAGAGACAGCACCCACCCUCAAAUUCUUCACCCCCUCCAGUUUUUCACGACGCGCGCCUUGGCCUAUAACGUCCAGUAACGACUCUCUACCACCCACCCAGAAGAAUAACCCGUCGCGAUGAUUGCUGCUGCAAAGUUGAUCGACCUCCUCCCUGCGCUUGCCCUUCUGGGUAUGGCCCUUACCGGUCUUGAGAAUGCUCCUACUGCUCUCGCCGUCCCUCAAAGCCGAGAACACCACCGACACCUCGCUGCUCGACUCGCCGACAAUGUUGCCCAGCAGGACAAGAAGCGCUCUGCCGGCGCCAAGAGGACCCUCCGACGACGCUCGGACGGCACCAUCUGCAAGGCGAAGAACACUGCGUCUUCCACCUUUACGGACGUCUCGAGCACCGCCUCUGCCACCGCAUCGGCCACCGCCUCCGCUGCCGACUUGCAGGUGGCUGCCGUUGACACCGACUCGUCCUCUGUCGCCGAUGUCUCGUUCACCGACUCGGUCUCUUCUACCCAGGCGGCUUCCUCCACCGCUAGCUCCAACAGCGCCCAGUCUACCGAUGUCACUGGUAGCCUUGCCACCGUCAGUACUGGCAGUACCACCAAGUUCGGUCUUGCUUGGCCCAACGGUGACUGGGCUACUUCUACCAGCCCCGACUAUGUCGGCAACUAUGUUGGCACCAAAACUUCCUGGUACUACACCUGGUCUCCUUUCUCUGUCGGCUCUGCCGACCAGCUCAACGUAGAGUUUGUUCCCAUGUACUGGGGUCUCAAGCAGCAAAGCGAUUGGUGGGCUCAGCAGAGCAACUGGCCUUCCACCGUCAAGAAUGCUCUCUUCUUCAACGAGCCCAACCAGUCUGGCCAGUGUGACAUUUCCGCUGGUGACGCCGUCCAGUACUGGAUGAACGACUACCUUCCCCUUCGUUCUUCCAAGGGCGUCCGACUCGGUGGUGCCGCCACUACCAACGCACCUUCAGGUCUCCAGUGGGUCCAAGACUUCAAGACCGCCUGUGUCCAGUACGGCAACUCUGAGGCCGACUGUACCUCCGACUUUGUGCCCAUUCACUGGUACGACGUCACCAUCGACGGCUUCAAGUCUUACGUCGAGAGCUUCCACGACGGUGUCGGCCAGAACCUCUGGGUCACCGAGUAUGCCUGCCAAAACUUUAACGGCGGUGCCCAGUGCACUGACCAGGAGAUCUGGAACUUGCACACCGAGAUGGCUGCUUGGUUCGACCAGCAAGACUACGUCGAGCGAUACUCUCCCUUCGGCGUCAUGAAGGACAUGCAGGGUGUUGAGCAGUACAAUGCCCUCAUGAACCCCGACGGCAGUAUCACCUCUCUCGGUGCUUGGUACGCCGCCAACAGCUAAGCCAGUCCCAGUGAUUUGCUCUCGCGAUAACGAUACCCCUGUUUUCUUCUACCGAUAAAUAAACAUACUCCCAUCCUAUUCUGUCAUAGCAUUCUGUGAAUCCUAUUACUUUCCCAGCACCUCUAUUACCCUGGCGUCUUUUCCCUUCCUUUGAUUGUCCAUACGUAUUCUCCCUUUGUAUCAAUUCAGCUUGACGCUGUGAUGUUUGCAAAGGCUUCCGUUAGUCGAUUUGGAAAAGUUUUGUCAUCGUGACAUGUAUCAUAGCGCGCGAUGUUACUUUCAAUGGACU